UCCACAUUUUGCACCAUGACCAACUCCUGUUGCUCCCCUUGCUGUCAGCCCACCUGCUGCAGAACCACCUGCUGCAGGACCACCUGCUGGAGACCAAGCUGUGUGACCAGCUGCUGCCAGCCCUGCUGCCAGCCCAGUUGCUGUGGCUCCAGCUGCUGCCAGCCUUGCUGUCAAACCACCUGCUGCAGGACUUGCUUCCAACCAAGCUGUGUGAGCAGCUGCUGCAGCACACCCUGCUGCCAGCCUUGCUGCUGUGUGUCUAGCUGCUGCCAGCCCUGCUGCCAGCCCAGCUGCUGUCAGUCCAGCUGCUGCCAGCCCAGCUGCUGUCAAUCCAGCUGCUGCCAGCCCAGCUGCUGUCAAUCCAGCUGCUGCCAGCCCAGGUGCUGUAUCUCCAGCUGCUGCCAGCCCUGCUGCCAGUCCAGCUGCUGUCAGCCCAGCUGCUGCAAGCCCUGCUGCAAGCCCUUCUGCCUCAACCUGUGCUGCGAGCCAGCCUGCUCUGGACCUGUGACCUGCACCAGGACUUGCUACCAGCCCACAAGUGUCUGUGUGCCUGGCUGCCUGUCCCAAGGCUGUGGGUCCAGCUGCUGUGAGCCAUGCGGUUGUUGA